AUGGACCAGGUUGCUCCCUCACCAGACCUGACCCCUUUUCUUUUCCUCAAUCUCCCGGUCAAUAUUCGUCAAUACAUCUACAAGAUGCUUCUAUGUACAUUUGAAAAUCCACCAGAAAAUCUGAAAGACAAUGGCUGUACACUUGUCCCAAUACGAAUCACUAAGCUCCAGCAUGAUAUUUACCCUCAGAUACUUCGGACUUGUCGAAAGAUCAAUCAUGAGGCUACAGUUAUCAUGAGAGAAACAAAUCUCUUCGUUAUGGUAACUGGUGUUAUAAGGUUGGACGAACCAAGGAAAGGCUUCUUCUCAAAAUACAUUCCCAUGAUCAGAAUAGAAACAGAACAGCAAGAAAAAGACUUCCAGAAAGCUUGCGUAAUGACUCAUGAGAUCUAUGGAUCAACAAAAUCCCCAGGAAUUUUAACUGAUGAGCUAUACAAAUUUAUACUGCUUCAUGGUCAUCUUCCACUGUUAUGUGCGGCUUUGGUCGUCAGUGUAAUAGAAACACUUCCCUAUUGUGAUAAGAUGUUAGCAGUUCACAUUAUUAUUAUUCUCGAAACUUACGAAGAUAUAUCUAUGUUGUUAUCCUUGUUUGAGAAGCGACAAGAGAAGCUCAUUGCACCUUAUCGUUCCGAGUUCAAAGGUUUCUCGGGGUUUCAAUUGAAAGGAAACAUAGCAGAUGGGUCGAAGGACGUUGUUCUAUUGGAAAUUGCCCAGGCCCCUCAACUAAUAAAUCCGGAAGGGCCCAUUCAUGGUUUACAGAGUAUGGAAGCAAUAGGAAAUGAAUUCUUCGCUCUAGGAGAUGUUGAAAAUGCAAACCAAAUCUGGUGUCCAGCUUUAAUGACGAUUCGACGAAUCUUGACCUUGAUUCAAAGAAGACUGUUGCAUGAAACCCAUGACCCAGAGUUUAUACAUCAACUCAUGAACACAUAG